AUGUCUAACUCAAAUGAUAAGGGGCAAGUUGCUGGGGAUGGUCCGGAGACCCGUACGAAAACAAAGCUCAAUAUAGCUGCUAAACCUUUCUCACUGCAUUCAAAUCGAGCUCAUGCGAGUCCCUCAUGCCUGCAAGGUGACAGUAAUGCAGCUCAAAAUGGAAGCAAAAUCCAAGAAAUUGCAUAUAUUGGCCCAACGCAUCUUCCUGUCAACACACGUGUAUGGAACUCCAUUUCUUCCUACUCGCUGGAUGAAAUUGGUCAUACCAUUCCGCCAGCUAGAAACACACAGAGUCAGAUUGCUAACGCAUAUCCAUCGAUAAUGGGAAGUUAUGCAAAACCCUUAUUUCAACAUCAAUCGAACCUGACCGCUCAAUUGCCUUUCGGGCCUUUUUUGCUUGACAAUGGUGUAAUGCAGAUGCACUUACGCGAGUCUAUCAGAGUAUAUAUGACGGUGGACGGUUCUGUGAAGGUUGUUAAUGGCAACCAUAAUAUUGCAAUUGCCGUUUCAAGUGAUACGACAGCUACUUCGAUGCACCAUCCAAAUGGUAUCGUUUUCCAAAAUGGGUCACGGGUGGACAUCGCUGCUGUUGACGCAAGACGCCAGUAUCCGCACAUUCGAUUUGCAAAAAUGUGGCAAAAGGGCAUUAGCUUGACCAGUGCGGGAUGUCCCUUGAUAUAUCUUGUUGAUGCUGCUGGCACCAGAACAACGUCGGAUAUGAUUAGUAUGGAUAUGGAGGCAGAUUACGUGAACCAAGUUUUCUUCAAUGGAGUGGUAUUAGCUUCUCCCAAUUAUGCCGAGCAAUGGCAAACAAUACACAGUUCCAGCUAUCAAUUCGGGCAAGAGGGAAGUCUACAGUUUCAAGUGAAUGGUUUUCGAAUCUCACAAGGAGCCGAUGGAUUGGUAAAAAUAUAUCGCCCCAACAACCGUUGUUCAAUUCGAACUAGUCCUACCAACGGAUGUGCAACGGUCACUACCAAUUUUAUCCAUUGCACAGCUUCUCUGGGCACAUCUUCGCAUCUGUUUGUUCGGCGUGAAGAAAGGCGUAUACACUUUGACGGUGCUACAUUUAUCGUGCGUAAUGCUGGACACUCUGCUGGCUUUGAUGAGUUUAAUCGAUUGCGCGUCUACUGA